CCCAGUGCCAGCAGGUUCAAGUUCCAACACUUCAAGGUUCAAGUUUACUGUAAUCCCAGGCAGACGUACCCAGGGUUUAAUGCCGUGAAAGUUCGCAGUUUCCAGCCCCAGCACAGUACGUUACCGGCAUGAGCAAGAUCGGAUCGUCGCUUCUGGAUGGGAAACGGGAGAGUUUGUGAAGUGACAGAGGUGCAGGAUGUGAACAUGUCCAUGAGAGGUCUGGGCUGGUCUACCAGAAAGGUGGCGGAGACAUGAUGGUGGGAAUGGACUCCUUUGGUACAGCCUCAGUUUCUGGAGACCCACUGAGCUGAAGGAGGGGGCAGGACCAGUGAGAUCUGGCAGUUAUAAAGGCAUUCAGAAGGGUGGGAGCCACCGAAGCAGCAAGUUCGACCAGGACUGAGAAUAAGAGAGAACAUGGCGUCCCAGAGACUGGGACAUCUGGUGUGUUUGAUCCUCCUUCAGACAUGGACAUGGGAAAGUCUUGGGAAAGAUUCCCAGACGGCUGUCUAUGAACUGCCUGGACAAGAGAAUGUUCUGGAGUUUAUCCAGCAGACAGUGAACAAGCUCAGACCCGUGUCCAGUCUGGGCCCAGGUGCUCAAGUUGUAUUCGAUGUCGAGCACAGCGGGAACGGUGCAAUUGUGACUGCAGUGACUACCAUCAUCUACGACAAGAUCAAUGUGAACAAGGGUGAAGGCUACAGUGGCAAGACUGGAAAGUUCACGGCCCCGAGGUGUGGCCUGUAUUUCUUCAGCUACUCCUCGCUCCCUGGCAGAGGGAUGAAGACUGACGUGCAGCUACUGAAGAAUGGAAAGGAAGUUAGUUUGAUCCACAGUGUCCUGCCCAAGGAUAGUUCCCAGCUCUCCAUGAGGAACAUCAUCCUCGAACUCCACAAAGGGGAUGAGGUGUGGGUGCAACUGAUCGCUGGGAAUCUGUGGAGCAAAAUAGGGUCCCUCAGCUUCCAGGGCUUCCUACUGGGGCAGUAGGACGUCCCAGCAAUGCUUUGCUUCUGCAAACCCUUCCUGCCCUGCAGAUGAAAACGCUUCAGCCUGGCUGUGCUGUUGUUGAAUCAACAAGUGAAGCUGACUGGGGAUGAGACUGGUUCACGGAUGGAGAGAGACAGGGAGACACAAAGAGAUUGACCUGCCAAAGACAAGGGUUAGAACGUUGCCUUUGGUGAAAUGUCUGAAGGCACAAACCCGGGAACAGGACACGGUCGCUCCGUCCCGUCAGCCUGACCUGCUGGUUGUACAGAGCCGGCCUCAGGAAACAUGAUCCCAGACCUUCACCAUUAUGCUCCGUGAGAAUUUUGUGUGCCCCAAUACCAUCAGCUUCCCUUCUCCCAAACACUGGAGAGCACGGAGCGAAUGUGCUGAUGUCUCCUCGUACGACACGCCCUCCAUCCCAGGGAUCAGCCUGCUGAGAUUUUGCUGCAUUCCUUCUACUCCAGGCACAUCCCUUCUGAUGCUGGGACACCAGACGUGUCCACAAUAUCCCACGGGCCGUCCCUGCUCGUUAAUCUUCAGCACUGAUGUAUAAAUCGACCAGGUCACCUUCUCACCAUUGAAUAAAAAACUCCCUUUGAUUUUUGUCUCCCAGACUGACUGACUUGGCCCUUUCCCACAUUCUGUCCCCACCUGCCAUGUCGUUACCUUUUACAAUGUGUCUUCAUUCCCCUGAAGUCUCUCCGCAUCCUCCUCAUAAUCCACACCGUUACCUGACAGCUUCAGAACAUUACGUGUCCUGUGGUGCUCCAUCUCCUCCCCGCGACCCUCUCCUCAAACUCACUCCCACCCACGCUGCAUUCUGGAACACGUCUGUGAAUUACGUACAGGUGAUUGUCCCUCAACGACGUGCUCUCACCUUGUGCACCGUGCAGGCAACCUCACUCAGCUUCAGUCUGGAGUUUGGGAGUGAGAGACUCAGGGAUUUCACACAAGGGCUCUCUCACCCACCCACACCCGUCCUCCCGUUCAGACACUGUUCUCUCUCCACUCAAUUCCUGCUGUUGUCACCGGGAUGUUCCAGGUGGAGGGAGAGUGAAGUGGAGGUUCUGCCUGGGACUCAGAAGCUGGGAGGGGAGGGGAGGGGAGG